UAGGGUUGCUAUCACUGACCGUGUAUCAGACCACAAAAUGGAGUUGAAGAUUGUCACCGUUCUCUGCUGCUUCACGCUUUGCCUUAUCAGCGGGCACGCUGAUAACACUCCUGUGAGCAACUGUCCCUGUCCGUGGCUGACAAAGACCAUAGAGAGAAUCCCUCUCGAGGGGCUGCAAAGUUACACUGUUCAACGCCAACCCCCAUGUCUCAUCAAGGCUAUUUGGUUCAGGGUGCCGCAGGGGCUGAUUGUAUGUUCAGAUCCAGAGAGCCGACGGACCAGAGACGCUAUGGAAUACCUAGACAAGAAGACCAAGAGACGCCCAACACCACAGCCUCCCAGUCCAGGCCCGUCAUACAUAGACCAAACCACCAGCUCUCCUGAUCAGAAUAAUGAGACUAUGACAUUAAAUCCUACCACCACGCCAACUGUUCAGCACAAGGGACCAGCAACCUCUAAUCUGACACUUAACUCUUCAUGUUACAACAGGAAGCCUACACCUUCAGUGUCAACAGUCAAUAAAGAAUCAACACCUGCAGCAAGCGUCCCUACGGUGGAUACAUGCUGCAUAAGACUACCACUGACCAUGGUACCUAUGACCAUGUUGCGUGGGUACACCAUCCAACAUGCAUCUUUGUGUGGAAUUCAAUCUAUAAAAUUUGAAACUGUGAGUGGCAAAAUCAUAUGCUCAAGUCCAUAUUCACAUUGGUCUCAGCGAGCCAUGAAGUACCUGGAUACCAGAACCGCACUGCCAGACGCAGCGUCAACUGCAUCCCCAGUCACCCAUUGUGAUCCUGAGGCAGUAGGCCUGGCAUCACGCGGAGACACUCAGUGAGGAGAGAGGCCACAGUCAGCCACCACAAGAGCAGAGCAGAGCUCCACACGUCUGCGUGGGUAACCCAGAGAAGAAAAACCCAGAGACUGGUUAACAUUGUGUCUAAAUCUAUAAUAACAUUUCUGAAAGAACACCACAUGGUACAACAACUGUAUACAGGCCUUGUUACCACUGUUUAGAAGUUCAGUGAAAUCAACAUUUACAUUUAAGUGGCCUUUGUCCAGCCCA